UUGACGGAACAGAUAGAGCCAUCGAAGAACGAGGCGGAGCUAUGACGCCGCUUUCUAUAUCGGCAUCACCUUCGCCGCCGCGUCCACUUCUAUCUCCGCCACUAUCUUCACCGUCGCUAAACAGACCUGCUCCAUCUAUUGUUUCCCCUUUCUCUCGAAUCAACCAUGGCUUCUCGUGCUCUUUCGUCUCCGUCCAACGCUUCGCUCUAAGCCGCAAUACGCAGAGAAAAGCAAGGAAGCAGUUACAGGUGGUGGCUAUGGCUCCUGAAGAAGAGAAGCUCACUCGUCGCAACCCUCUCGAUUUCCCUAUCGUUAGUAUCUGUUUCCUUCAAUUCCUCUUAGAAAUUGCAUACAGAUUCGUCGAAAUUUCACAUUGUUACUGUGCUUGUAAUGUUUUGUAGAAUGUCAAUUUUAUAUAGAAACUUGAAAUUCAGUCACAAGAUUGUUUGGAUUAUGAAAUUUUCAUGAGCAGAUUCUUGUUCUGUGCCUGUAGUAUCAUACUUAU